AUGAAAGAAAAUUCAAAUUAGUUAUCCUACGCAGUAAAUUUAGAAUAGAUUCGCAAGAAUUCAGAAAUACCUAAAAUUACAAAUGCAGUAAGCCGCUAAUAAUAAGCUUAUCCAUAAAAUAACUCAGUUUCAGACGACGAAGAUUAUGAAUACCAUGGCUAUAGCUAAUCAAACAGAUAGGAAUAAUUAUAAUUUCAAUAGUAAAAUUAGGGUUACAGUUGGAAAGUAGAUUAAACAAGAAAUACUAAUUCCUUUUUUGAUAAUCGCCAUAUAGCAUCUAAAUAAAUAGCCCAACAAUUGUCACGUCCUAUACCAUAUUCAACUAUUUUAUUGACUAUUUUAGCUGUUUUUAUUUCUGGUUUUAAAGGUACUGCGUUUUUAAUGAUUGAUCUUAAAGAUCCUGAAGACGAAACAUAAACAGGGGGAUUCAUUUUACGCGCAUUCUGGCGUUAAAUAUUAAUUUCAAUAUUUUUUAUCCCUUUGAUUUACUAGGAAUAUAGUAAGGAAAAAACAGAAGAAAUAGAGGAAAUGAGAUUGUAUUAAAGAGAGCACAUUUUUAAUAAAAAAUGUUUGAAAACAAUUAUUUUUUGCUCAUUUGUUUACGCAGUUUGGGUAGGCACUAUGGCUUACAGCGUGUUCCAUACUUCUAUUGCAAAUGUCUAUAUUUUUAAUAACAUUUACCCUUUAUUCCUUGUUAUUUAUAAGAUACUAUCUCACUUUACUCCAAAAGAAGAAAAAGUUUAGCAAUAAUCAAUCAACAAGUUUGAAACUUUUGGCGCUCUUUUGUCUAUAGGUGUAUUAGUUCUACUAGUCUAUGAAGAUACAUCAGUGGUUUACCCUGAACUUAUUGCUCUUGCAGGCGCUUUAUCUGCUUCUAUUUAUUACUCUAAUAUAUAGUAAAUAACAUGCGAAUAUCCUUGGAUGCUUGCUGUUUUUUUACUCUCAACUUUUACAACAAUUUUCUUUGGAAUUUACAGCUUGAUAUUUGAAAAGUCAACUUUCGAUAUGAAUACGAAUCAUGGUUUAUUUGGUGUUUUCUCAGUUAAGUGGAUAUUUUUAAAUAUUUUUAUCAGCUUGGUAACUGGUGUUGUAAACACAAAGCUAUUCUCGUACAUUAGUCAGUAGCUUAAAACUAUUUAUGUUGAUAUAGCUAUUAUGAGUGAAGCUUUUGCUGCAAUGCUUUUAGCUUUUAUUUUUGGUUAUCAAGAUUUUCCUAAUCUAACAUAAUUAGGAAUUUAUUUCUUCUAUGUUGUUGCCCUUGUAAUGUUAGCCAAAGGAAAAAGUGAAGCUUAAAUUGAAUAAAUAUCUCUCUAAGAUGAAAAUAAUAUAAAAGUGAAUCCAAAUAUUGUUAAUGGAUAUUCAAACCCAAAUACUUCAAACAGAAAUAUAGGUUUGGUAUCAAACAGUAGAGGUUCAUACCUUCCUCCUUCAGUAUUUGCAACAGGAGCAGGUAUAAAUUAAAAUCCUAAUUACAACUCCACGCCUAAUAGCAAGGGUUAGAUAAAUUUACCUGCUUACAAAAAGAACACAAUUAGUUAAGUAAAUGAAAUGAACAUGACUGAUUUUUCAAGAUAAAACAUACUAAAUCAAAGAAGUGCUUCAAAUGUUGACUAAUAUAGCGAUAGUUACAGCAAAAGUGCUAAUAUAAUCAAUAGUUAACAAAAAUUUAAUACCUACUAAACCGAUUCUGACCAUAAAUACCACUAAGAUAAUUAAAAUUACCAAUCUUUGCAAAAUGUUCAUAUCAAUGUAAUAGAAGAAUAAGAUGAAGAAAUUAACGAUUCUCGCUAUUAUGGAUAAGCUGUAAAUAAUAAUUUAAAAGAUUAAAAUACAAUAGAACAUUCCCAUAAUUUAAAUGAUUCAAUUUCUGAUUUCAAUAGAGAAUUCCUUAAAAAUCUUAAAAAUAAAAAUUAUUAGUGA